CUCAUCCGCUCCAUUAACGACCCCGAGCACCCCCUGACCCUGGAGGAGCUGAAUGUCGUCGAGCAAGUGCGAGUGAAAGUGAAUGAUGCAGAAAGCACGGUGGCAGUGGAGUUCACUCCCACCAUUCCUCACUGCAGCAUGGCGACGUUAAUCGGCCUCUCCAUAAAAGUAAAAUUGAUCAGAUCUCUGCCUGAGAGAUUUAAGCUGGAUGUUCAUAUAACGCCAGGAACACAUGCCUCUGAGCAUGCAGUUAAUAAACAGCUUGCUGAUAAAGAGCGUGUAGCAGCUGCUUUGGAAAACUCUCACUUACUGGAAGUGGUGAAUCAGUGUUUGUCUGCUCGAUCGUAA